AGCGUGCAACCUGCGCCAAGGUCGGGUAAGUCCAUGGACCCCCUCUCGAUAACGACAGGGGUUCUUGCCCUUCUCGGAGUGUGUUACAAUGUCGGCACAGGGCUCAAAAAGCUGUACGAUGACAUCGAGGCUGUCGACGAGACGGUGGCGGCCAUCAUCGAGGAUGUCAAGGCCCUUACCAAGGUUCUCAACACCAUGAAGACGAGCUUCGACGGCGUGGCUGGACCUUUGACUGGGCAUGUCGGAGCUCACUGGGAGAACAUUUACUCCAGUUUGAAAGAUGGAAAUGAGGCUCUUGAGGGCCUUUACAAGGUUGUGCAAGAGGUCAGCAGGGAAACUUCAGUCCUCAGUGGGACAAGGAAGCAGAUGCGCCUCAAAGCUGCUGAGGGAAAGAUUGGGCUCUUUCGAAAGCAGAUUCAGUCCUUUCGAGAUACUCUACAGCUCUCCAUGCAAGCCCUUAUUCUAUGGAACCAAGUAUCCAUUCAAGGUGCAAACGAUCGCAUCUUGCCCAGUCUCGAGGAUAUGCAGCGCGAGAUCCGAAACCUAGCUGUCAGGUUGAACGAGCGCAUCAGCACUUUGCAGACAACACCAGUUGCUGCUAUCCCUCAGUUCGACAUGACGAAACCUGCAGAGAUCGCGGCCAUGUCAAACCUGAGGAACUGUGUACGAUCCGCUGCCACCAUCGUAUCGUCUGCUUCCACCAUCUUGACACUCGACCGGGACGAAGAGACGGAAACUUAUUGUGGCUCUGAUUGGGGUGACGUCUUGCCAAGUCAGACCAGCGAGUCCACCAUGGCCUGGCUGCAAGACAGCGUUGACAGAGGACAGAUACGAAUUCCAGGAUCUUCAAGACCGCCACAGGGAGAUGACUCAGACUCGGACUCGGAUCUUGACCUCGAUCUUGCUCUAGGCCUGUAUAAAAAGGCACAAGUCAAGUAUCAGUCAACAGAUUAUCAGGGCGCAGAACCGUUACUGCGCAACUGCCUGUCUCGGCUGAUGCCCAUGACCGAACAGGGCCGCACACGACCACGAAAGUCAGAUCUCCCUUCAGCACACGAAGUCUUGUCCCUCUUCUGUCAGACAUGCAUCGGUCUCGAGAAAUGGGAAGACGCAGCUACCGCCAUGAUUGACAAGAUCGCGCUCAGCCCACACGGCCUAGAGGGCAAGGAUGAAGCGGCUUUGAAGGACAUUUCGACUCUAGUCAUGGUUCUGUACGCCAAGAAAGACUACGUCCAAGGUCAUUUAUACGGCCGCAAGCUGCUUCGUGGAUAUCGGAAGCUUGGGCCCAGCGGAGAGGAUGGUGUUGAGCGCAGUCUGACUCUGCUUGUCGCCAUCUGCAAAGCCAGCGGCAACACCGACGAGGAGCAAGCCUAUUCCAUCAUGUUGGAGAAUCUACGUGAGAGAAAGGCAGCUCAGUCGAUGCCCAUACCCAUCAUCGAAGAGGAGAGUUACGGAUGGAGAGAUCCAGCUAUUCCCGUCCCUGAAGCAGAAGAACAAGCGACGUCACCUCAGACUGCUGAUGGAAACGCCUUGUUGCCGACACUAGAACUCCCUUACAGACCUUCGACACCAGUUGCAUACUCUGCUCGUGCGUCUCCAGAGCCUCCUCCUCCACCAAGCAUCUCCGCAGUCCCACCCCAACGAUCCUCUAUCGCCUCCUCUUCCUCCGUUCAGACCACAGUUCAAUCUCCAGACAGUUUAACCAUAGCAGUCCCACCGAUCCGUCCAGUUACUCCAGUCAUUCGCAGCGAAGCUGAGCAGCUUCUAUUGUCGAGUAAAUACUACUUUGAGAAUCAUGAACGACUACUACGAGCCCCAGUCAAGAGAAAGCUGGUCAUCGUGGGCGAUACGUUGUCCGGGAAGAGCUUGUUGCUCCAUCAUCAAGCGCAUGGUAACAUCGACAAGGUGGCCCAUCUCCAAGAGGCUGCAAGCUUGUUAGAAACCUUCUACACAACUGUGACUCUCGCAGACAUAACAGUCGACAUGACCAUGACCGACACGCCGGGCCAGAUAGACUAUGAUCGCUUGCGUCCUAUUUGCUACCCCAAUGGCAACGUUAUCAUAUUGACAUUUGACAAGAGCAUUCCAGAGUGUUUCGACAAUAUCGAAGAAGCGUGGAUGCCCGAGAUUCAACACUUUCUACCUAAUACUCCCAUCAUACUUGUAGGCAAUAAGAAGGACCUCGAGCACGACCCUAAAAUAAUCCAAGAAGCGAAAAAGAUAGGUUACCACCCAGUCACCUAUGAAGAGGGUGCAGAAAAGGCAGCCAAACUUCCAGGGGUGGUCAAAUUCCUCGAGACUUCUGCCAAGACUGGCGAGGGUAUCAAGGAGGUGUUUGAGUUCGCGGCUCUGUACGCUUUGCUGGGGACAGGCCAGGAGAAACCCCCAAGUAUCUUCAGGAGACUGUUCUCAAAGAAAUGA